GCUAGCGCGUCUCCUCAGUGAAGAUGGCCGCUCCCUUAACGCUUGUUCUGGUUCUGGCGGUGACGGUUCGGGCGGUUUUAUUCCGCUCCAGCCUGGCGGAGCUGAUCUCGGAGCGGGUGGAGGUCGUGUCGCCGCUCAGCGCGUGGAAGAGAGUGGUGGAAGGCCUGGCGCUGCUGGACCUCGGAGUCUCGCCGUACUCAGGAGACGUGUUUCAUGAAACGCCCCUCAUCAUAUACCUCUUUCAUUUUGUUGUGGACUAUGCAGAGAUUGUGUUUAUGAUAGCAGAUGGAAUCACGGCGGUGGCGCUGUAUCUGGCUGUUCAGAACUACAACAGGAAUGUGUUUAGGAAACAGAAAUACGCUCUGGAGGCCAACAGAUACCCACCCGACUGUCUGGAGCUCAUGCGCUCCCCUAAAGAGAUGUUCUACAUCCCUCUCAAAGUGGCGACGUUUUACCUGUUGAAUCCGUUUACGAUUCUGUCCUGUGUGGCGAAGUCGACCUGUGGGCUGAAUAAUGCAGUUAUAGCUCUCUUCAUCCUCUCUACUAUAAAAGGGAGUGCGCUGCUGAGUGCAAUUUUCUUGGCCUUGGCGACGUAUCAGAGCGUCUACCCCCUCACCCUCUUCGCCCCCGCCCUCCUCUUCCUCUUACAGAGGCUGUAUAUCCCGGUGAAUCCCUGCAGGAGCAGUUUCUGGUUGUUUACUCUGCAGUACGGCUUCAUGUUUGUGGGAAGUCUGCUGGUCAUCAUCUGCCUCUCCUUCUUUCUGCUCGGCUCCUGGGAUUUCAUCCCCUCUGUUUAUGGAUUCAUUCUCUCAGUACCGGAUCUCACUCCGAACAUCGGGCUGUUCUGGUAUUUUUUUGCUGAGAUGUUCGAACACUUCCGUUUCUUCUUCAUCUGCGUUUUCCAGAUCAACGUCUUCUUCUACACCAUCCCUCUCUCCAUCAAACUGAAGGAGCACCCGGUGUUCCUCAUCUUCAUGCAGAUCGCCAUCAUCUCCAUCUUUAAAUCCUACCCCACUGUGGGAGACAUCGCCCUGUACAUGGCCUUCCUCCCGGCGUGGAGUCAUCUCUACAGAUUUUUGAGGAAUAUAUUUCUGGUGUCGUGUGUGCUGUUGGCGUGCUCGGCUCUGUUUCCUGUUCUCUGGCAUCUGUGGAUCUACGCCGGCAGCGCCAACUCCAACUUUUACUACGCCAUCACGCUGCUGUUCAACGUGGGACAGAUCCUCCUUGUUUCAGAUUAUUUCUAUGCGUACCUGCGGCGGGAGCAUCACCUGACUCAGGGUCUGUAUCUGAGGAGGAAGGACGGGAGCGAGGCCACGCUGGUGUUAAAAUGACCUUCAGCACCUGGAUCAAUCCUCCUCUCCUCCUUCUUCUCCCUCGUUCACUAACCCCUUUUACCUUUUCUUCACCCUCCCUCUGCCCCCCGUUCUCCUCUAUCCGUCUUUAUUCCUUCUCUCUUCUCUCCUCCCUCCGGCGGAGAGGCGGCUCCCUCUCUCUGAGGGACGAGUUCAGAGCUGGAGAUGAUCUGAGACAAACUCUGAGUCUCUGAGGAACAAUACAACGCCUUUCUCCAUCCGCUGUAGUUUAGAGGAGGAGGAGGAGGAAGAGGAAGUGGGUGAACUGUUUACAGUGCAGAUGAACAGAUUGUCUUUUUUAAGCUUUUUUUUUUUGCAGGAAUGAAAAAUACUAAAAAUAAUAAAGUGUGUCUUUUUGACCUGAGGCGCAGUUCCACGCUCGACCAGCAGGUGGCGCUCAGUGAAUGUACAAUACAGUGAACUCUCUGAUGCAGACAGCCUGCUGAUAGGAGGAGGAGUCUGCACGUGACCGUCUGUCUGGUCAUGUGAAGGUCACGGAGUUUAAUGCUUUAAAAUCACUUUUAUUUUAUUUUAUUUUUUGGUCACCAAAAGUUUGAACGGUUUAUUCUUUUUUUGUUGUUAAUUUUGUUUAUCAGGAAUGUGAACGGCCUAAAUCUGCCUCUUUUUGUUCCUGUCGUCCAGUUUAAAAUGCACUGUAUUUUUUUAUUUAUUGAUUAAUUGAUAUAUUAUGCACUAAUAUGAUUUGUUGUAACUGGAAAAGAGGAGAUUUAUAAAUCUGAAUGAGUUUUUAUACAGUUUUUGAUCUGCAGUUUUAAGACGGUACAGUGUGUUAAAUACAUUAGUUAAAUAUGUUAAAGUGCUAUAAAUCAGUAUUCACGAUCAAAAUCACGCUGAGGAGAUCAGGUGUGAGUGUGUGAGUGUGUGAGUGUGUGAGUGUGUGAGUGUGUGAGUGAGGGUUAUUGACUGGCCAGGUGUUUGGGCUAAUUUUAAAGUGCAGCAGGAUGGGAUCAGUGUGAGGAUUAGAGCUAGAGCCCCGCCGGCCCAGUGUUCAAUAUCACACUUAUAAUCACUAAAUACAGCAAAAUCCUGCUGCAUAACUGGCAACCGCAGUCUGACCCCCUGUUUAACAUUAAUACAGACCAGAGAACCUGAACACACUGGAUUAUACUGUUAAACUAAUAUUCUAACGUUUGGAAUUGCUUGCCAUAUAUAUGUAUUUGUUUCUUAUGUUCUAUGCAUUUAUAAUUCAUAAUGUGGGAAUAAAUAUUAAAGAUGAACCACUUUCA